GGUGAUGAGCGCACACCGGUGCCGGUUGUGGGGCGGAUAGGACGCUAAAGGAACCGGUCAUUUUCAUUUAUCAAAGUCCUUUUUUGUUGUUUAUUUGGGCAUUUUUUAAACAGAAGGAAAUCCUCAAAGCGUGUGACUGAUUAAUAAAGUCAAAUCAAAUCCCGAGGAUGCUGACAGACAUGAUUGUGGAAGAAGAAUUUGAGAUAAAGGAGGAGGAACCGUGGUACGACAAGCAAGACCUUGAACAUGACCUGCAGCUGGCAGCCGAGCUCGGGAAGACCCUUCUGGAGAGGAACAGGGAGCUGGAGCAGGGGCUCAACCAGAUGUAUUCCACCAACCAGGAACAGCUGCAGGAGAUUGAGUACUUGACAAAGCAGGUGGACCUCCUCAGACAGGUCAAUGACCAGCAUGCAAAAGUGUACGAGCAGCUCGACGUCUCGGCCCGAGAGCUGGAGCAGAGCAACCACAAACUUGUUCUGGACAACCGGGUGGCCCAGCAGAAGAUCCAAGGGCUAACGGAAACAGUGGAGCUGCUGCAGAUGCAAGUGGAGGAGCUGCAACAUCAGGUGGAGGAGCUGAAGCUGAGUCCUUGUCCACCUCAGAAGCCUUUACACAGAGAGAGCUGGCCUCGCAGCACUCACAGUGUGUCCUGCCUGCAGGAGCUGCAAAACACACUCAGGUACAACUAUGAUUGCGACAAACCCUCAGAGGAUCUCGAGUUGUCUUCCACAUCAUGGCAGGAAGAGGAGCAGGAGUCCCUCCGACAGUCCCUCCGUGCUCUUCAGACUCAGUUUGCCACUGAGCGCGCUCGAAGAGAGGAAGUAGAGCGAGAGGCCGAGCUGCUCGCCAGAGAAAAUGCAGAGCUGGAGCAGCAGCUGGCAGGGAUGGCAGGAUGUCAGGCCAGACUGUCUGAGCUGGAACGCGAGGCGGAGGAGCUUCGUCAGCUCUGGACAUCAGAGUCCUCCGCAAGAUCCAACAAGCCGGCUGUCCUCCACAGCCUGCUGCCGCACGAAGUGUUCCUCAACCCGGAGGAGGAGAGUGAAGGAGAGACAGCUGUAGCUAAAAGCCCCGCGGUCCUAAAGCGCUGGGGAAGUGAGCGGCUGAUGAAGUCGACGCAGAUGCCCGACUCUCCUGACGGGAUCUACGACCACGAGUGCUCCUGCGUGCGCCGAGCCGAGGUAGUUAAGUAUCGCGGGAUCUCGCUACUCAACGAAGUCGAUGCCCAGUACAGUGCCUUACAGGUGAAGUACGACGAGCUGCUGCGGCGCUGCCACUCUGAGGAAGAUGAGCAGGACAGACAGAGUCACAAGUCAGUUCAGACUGCGUCCCUCAUCACCACCACCAUCACCACCUUUGCUUCUCUGACAGACAGGGAGGACUUUGAGGAUGACUUUCACCAGCCGGAGUACAAGGAACUCUUCAGGGAAAUUUUCUCCCGCAUUCAGAAAACCAAAGAAGACCUGAUUGAAAACCGGGGGAAAGCACUCAGCUGGGAAAGCUCUUCCCAAUGAAAUACUCAUUAAAAAAGUUUUAAAACAAUGACACCAGUAACCGUCUUUCUGUUAUGGAACAACUCUUUGAAAGAUUUUUUUCUGCCCAGGAACUGUGAUCACCACACGAACGGGUUAAGAGAUGAGGGCAAUGCAGGAACACAAAGGCUAAUAUCACCAGCUCACGUCACAGAUGUGGCUUGUUUUGCACAGAAACACCAGUGCCUGACGCCACCAUCUCUACUGUGCAAUCGCUUUACCUCAAUUUGCACAAACCUGUUCACAAGCAGGCUCCUGAGGAAACUUUUCUGUGUCUUCCUUUAAGCUGGCAACACUUUGUUUCAAAGUAAGGAUUGCUGGUAAAGAUGCAAAUUCUAGAAAACAUGGAGACAGUAUUCAGUUUCUGUGCAUCCAGUGAAAUUGUUUCAGUUGAUCACUUUGAGUUUGCAAAAAAGUGUCAAUUUUUAUUCAUGUAUGUGGGGGUGGGGCAGCUUUCCAAGUAGAAUUCUUCCUUAAAGUAAACACUUUCUGGCUCUAUGAAAUUUGUUAUAGACUAAGAUUACAUCCAACAAGCAGUCUGCAAACCAAAUGUAUAUUAAUUUACUGUCAUAGACUAAUAACCAUCAAAUGUACACAUUAGAGAAGCUGGAGCCAUCAGUACCUUUUGGUAACGCAAUGAAACCUUUAUACAUCCAUGUAUUGUGGUGCAGGAUUAUCAAUAAUUUGCAUCCACCUGAUGACUGUAGGGCUGAUGUUUUUUAGUUGCCACCAACUGCUGAGGGAAGUCUCCCCCCGUUAGCCUCUCAGUUCUCCAUCAGCCACUGUGCGUCUCAGAGGUGCUGAGCAGGUUUUGUGCUGAGCCUAAAGAGGGAACCAAAGCAAUAAAAACUGUUGGCCAGGCAGCUAAACAAUGACUGCAUCUUGCUUCAGCUUUGAGUUCAUUAUGACAGAAUUGAAAUACAUUAACUACAAAUUGUGUUUCUUUUUCUGGGAAACGUCCUACAAAAUGAUUAGGAAAUUGCAACCCUAUAAAAUAGAACUGCAUCUGUUUUGGCUGUUUUUGUUUACCAAGUUUUUAUGAGCCUAUGUGAAUGUAAAUAUAAUUUGUUUUUCUUUAGUGCUAUAGCAAAAAUGUCUUGGUGAUAGUUUUCCCUGCACCUGUAAGUGUGACCAUUGCCAGGCUGACUGAUUCAAAGUAUGCAGCUCAGAGAUAGAUGCUGGUGAUUUUAAGGUGCUCUAAUAUAUUAGGAUUUUUGUAAUCAUUGUCCUCCUCUGAGUUUAUACUUGAUUAUCAUAUGGUAGGUUAGAUGGCAGUAAGUGAAUGUUAUAAUAAUGCUUACCAAAAUAUUAACUGUACUUGAUAUAUAACCUGUAACAGUGUCCUGAAGUAUGAUUUAGAAGCUUUUUCUUAGCAGCAGUUCUGAUGCUUUUGCUGCCUGACGUUCACAAGUCCUUGUUCAGCAAAAACAACAAGGACAUCUACUGUAUGUGUAGAUGCCUGUAAAAUCACGAGAUGCACUUUAGAAUUGCACAGGCAUUAUCGGUGCUCUCCAGUGUGUGUUUUAAAUGUAAUUAAUGCAACAUGUGACAUGCUACUGUCUCCAUCACAGACCUGAAUAAUCUGCUGUGUGUUUUUGCCUGUUUCAUGGUUAAUGUUACUUCUCUGAGCCAUAAAACCUGAAGCAAGCUGAGA